UCAGGAAUGCAUUUCGUCAACAAACGUUCGCUUGCGGUUUCGCAUCAGCUGGACCUGUCAGCGGCGUCACCGGCCUCUUUUGUUGACUCGGUGUGGUUUCAGUGUGACGCGUCGUGAACAAAAGUUUGUCAACAUCCGCCGAAGGUGCCCAAGAAAAGAAGCCCCGAAAGCGGUCAUGGCCACGGUGCAGUGCGUGUUGCUCCUCGCCCUUCACAUCCUGCUCAUCUCCGAGUUCAUCCUGGCCAAGAAGGACUACUACGACAUCCUGGGGGUGCCCAGAGACGCCACGGAGCGCCAGAUCAAGAAGGCCUUCCACAAGCUGGCGCUCAAGUACCAUCCGGACCGAAACAAGGACUGGGACGCCGAGGCCAAGUUCAGAGAGGUCGCCGAGGCGUACGAGACUUUAUCGGACGACAAGAGACGGCGAGACUACGACCGCUUCGGCCACGGCCCGUCGUCUCCCGGCGGCGGCGGCGGCGAGUACAACUUCCGGGAGCACUAUCAGUCGUUCAACUUCCACGACAUUUUCAAGGACUUUGACCUUUUCGGUCAGCAGCAGCAGCAGCACUUCCACUCCCACCAUCAAGCCCACCAGAAGAGGUUCUUCCGGGAGGCGGCGGGAAACCAACAGAGGCCGCCCUUCAGGGGGGGAGGGGGGGGAGGCGGGGGACUGUUUGAUGACAUGUUCGAGGACUUGGAGAAGAUGUUCUCCUUCAACGCGCACACUUCCAGGAGCGACGGAAGAUUCCAGCGCUCGGUCAAGCAGCACUGCAGGACGGUGACGCAAAGGCGGGGCAACAUGGUGACCACCUUCACGGACUGCUCCUGAAGGGGGGUAAACGGGGGGGGGGGGGGUUGUUUUCAUUUUGAAAUUGAAUGCUAAUUUAUCACGUGGCUUUCAAUAUGAGAUUUGUACUCGAGGAACAAAGCGGGGAUGAGGUCACUUCCAUUGAGGUCGGCUUGUUUACUCAGGAAUCGGCAAUGGGCGCGCGGAUUCUUGGCUUGCAACAAGCUGCACUGGUGUAUUACUUCGUUUUUUUCUUUCGGCUUGUCGCGUCUCAUCGUUUUCCAUCUAAGCCUAUCUCUCCAUCCUCUUCUCUUAACACCCACUGUCCUCAUGUCUUCCCUCACAACAUCCAUCAACCUUUUCUUUGGUCUUCCUCUCCCUGACAGCUCCAUCCUCAGCACCCUUCUACCAACAUGCUAACUCUCUCGCCUCCGAACAUGUCCAAACCAUCGAAGUCUGUUCUCUCGAACCUUGUCCCCAAAACAUCCAACUUUGGCUGUUCCCCUCAUGAGCUCGUUUCUAAUCCUAUCCAACCUGGUCACACCAAGCGAGAACCUCACUAGCUUCAUUUCUGCCACCUCCAGUUCUGCUUCCUGUUGUUUCUUCAGGGCCACCGUCUCCAAUCCACUGUUUUAUAAACUUUGCCCUUCACCCGAGCAAAGACUCUUCCGUCACAUAGAACACCAGACACCUUCCGUACAAAAGUCUGCUAGUCCCCAUUUUUUUUUAAGACGACGAACAAUAACAGUCCCAUGAAAUGAACCGCGGAGAUUUGAUGCCUUCCUGAGGAGUUGGUUUAGAAGUAGAGAAUAUACAGCAGGUGGUGAUGAGCCACACAAUGAAGUUAUGGGAAAGCGUAAUGGAGGCUAGACUCAGGACAGAGGUAUCUGCGAGCGACAGUCUGGUUUCAUACCUAGAAAGAGUACCACAGAUGCACUAUUUGCCUUGAGGAUGCUCGUGGAAAAGUACGGAGAAGGUCAGAAGGAGCUACAUUGUGUGUUCGUGGAUCUAAAGAAAGCCCAAGGCAGAGUACCAAGAGAGGAACUGCGGUACUGCAUGCAGAAGUCUGGUGUGGCGGAGAAAUAUGUUAGAGUAGUACAGGACAUGUAUGAGGGCAGCAGAACAGCGGUGAGGUGUGCCGUAAGUGUGACAGAAGAAUUUAAGGUAGAGGUGGGACUGCAUCAGGGAUCCGCGCUGAGCCCCUUCCUGUUUGCGGUAGUAACAGACAAGCUGACAGACGAGGUUAGACCUGAAUCCCCUUGGAUCAUGAUGUUCACAGAUAUUGUGAAAGCAGGGAACAGGUUGGAGGAACAGUUAAAAAGAUGGUUACUAUUAUUAUUAUUUUUUUUUGUGAGAAGAAGCCAGGACUGAAUAUUUGAUUUUUAAAAACAAAACAAACAAAAAAAAAAAGCACUUCUGUUAUAUUAUGAUGGAGAUGUUUUGGGAGUUCACUAUUUUCAUGUUAAAAAAAACAAAACAAAAACCUCAAGCUGAUCAUGUGCAAUAUUUGGCACCUUUUGCUCUUCGUGUUGCCUAUUAUUUAUCGACGGUGCCGAUGGAAUCAUCAUUUUCGAAAUGUCUGCACUUUUACGAGUUUGUGUUGAUCGACCGGAUGACGUUUGAAAAUGGAAUUAAAAAGAAAAAAG